UAUUGGUAAUAGCAACGACUAUUUUUCGCAUUUAUAAUAUAGGGCCAUAUAUUUUCAUGAACAGUAAAUUAUGAGGCGGCUUGCGGCUGACUAGGCGCCGCCAGGGGCUUCUUUAUAGUGUACCAAAAUUGAUAAAACAAUUGAAAACAUUCCGAUCCACACACACGCACACUCACACUCACACACACAAGCUUCUUGAAAUAUCUCUGACUUUCCUGUUAGCUAAAUUUUAGAUACGUGUUUUUCUGCUAUGAAAGCUCUGUGCAAAUUCUUGAGUUUAGAUAUAGGCAGUAAGCUGGCGGACUUCUUCGAUAUCUCAUGCGAAGCUGACGCUACUACUGGCCCGGGUAGCUCGAGCCGGUAUUCUGUAAAUCCCGUGGAGUGUCUGAGCUACACCAUUCGGCACAAGUAUCCCAAGCGCCUGGUCACCUACGAUGCCGAGGCGCGUUGCGAGCCACGAAAUAUACGUUCUUCGGAUAUAACCACACCUGCAGAUACAAUAAGACCAGAUUGCCAGAAACGGAAAAAGCCUUCCCGCCAGAUAGACACCGAUGCGGAGCUGCUAAGCAAAUGCUGUGAGCCCUUCAACCUGAAGGAGAAGUAUACGAAGAAGCACCUGCGACAGCUGGAGCUUCGUGCCAAGGCGCUGUACCAACUCGCAGAUCAGAAGCAGAGCAACUGCGCUGAGAAUACUGCUAAACCAAGCUGGGAGUGCCUCAGUCCGAGUCAAAAGCUACGUUUCCACUGGAAGGCUCUGACUGGCCACGAGCUGCGCUCGACGCCCUACGCGAACUUCAGGGAGAUUUUCAUCACGCGCUACCUCAAAGAGGGUUCCCAGAUCAAUGUGCGCCAGCUGAGCACCGUGGUGCGGCGCACCUGGCUCAACCUGAAGAGUGACCAGCGUUUGCCCUUCAAUCUGCAUGCUCUGCUCUAUCAUGUCUGCAGCGGCACACUGGAUCCCUUCGAUCACUGUGCGGUGCGUGUGCUCUUAAAUCGUUGGCGCUGACCUUGAAGACUUCUGGGCCUGUGGCGCUUUCUGUUUGCGGGCGCAUUAAAAUGUCUGUCAGGCAGUUGAGGAACAUUGGAUUU